AUGUCAGAAGAACAAUCAAUGAGUAUUGAACCUCAGGAAGACAUAAGUCCAAAUCCUAGCAUCCCAGAAAACAAGGACGAGACUCAAAAUUCCGAUAGUGUUCAUGCCAGCGAUCAAGAAGAGGAUUUAUAUUCUCACGAGGUUGAGAACAAGCCUGAUGAAAGGACUGAGGGCUUAGAAGAGGAAGAACCCGCUCUUUUAUCCGACAAUUCUGACGAUGAUAAGUCGAUACCUGCUGGGGAAGAUGACGAGGAGGAGAAAAAAAGUGAGGGUGAAGAGGUUAAGGACGAGUCCAAAGAGCCAAAUACUGCAGAAGAACAUUACACCGAACAAUCAACAUCAAAGGCGGAUGUCCUUGAAGCAGAGCCACAACAAGAUGUGGAAUCCAAGUAUGAUGAAUCGCAUGAGGAGGAUGCGGAUAAGGAAACGAGUGAAGAGGAAUCUCUCGAAAAAAGAAACAGUGAGGAGCAUCAAUCUGAAAGUUCUAACACAGCUGACAAUGAUCAAUUGACAACUGAACCUCAAGGUUCGGAUGUCGAUAUAACAAAUGAGAAAGAGCAGGAAACAGAAGAAACUGCUCCUACUUUCCAAAUCCCUCCCGAAGGCCUGGGUGACGAGAACGUGAACUACGACUUGCUACAGAGACAAGCAAAGUACAUCAUGGACAGUGGCAUAUUGAAUGUAUCAGAAUUUCGUAAUCUGAACGAAAAGGACAAGAUAUCAGCAAUCUUGUCAUUUUUGAACUCCAACCCGGAAACUUCCUUGCCUAUUUCCUCCCAACGCACACCAACAACUUCGGAACCAGAGCAGCCUGGUCGCAUUCCAAGACCAGACAUGUCACAACCGAUGAAUGCAGCCGAACGCAAAAGGUACUCUGAAUAUUUGAGAGGAGAAAAUCGCAUAACUGAGAUUCAAAAUAUUCCACCAAAAUCAAGACUUUUCAUUGGUAAUUUACCACUUAAGAACGUAGCCAAAGAGGAUCUUUUCAGGAUUUUUUCACCAUAUGGACACAUUUACCAAAUUAAUAUAAAAAACGCUUUUGGCUUCAUUCAAUAUGAUAACCCAAAGUCCGUCAGAGACGCAAUCGAGGGUGAAUCUCAAGAAAUGAACUUUGGAAAAAAGCUUAUUCUAGAAAUCUCUUCCUCAAACAGCAGACCUCAAUAUGAUCAUGGUGACCAUGGCACAAAUAGUAGUUCUACGUUCAUAUCUUCUACCAAACGCCCCUUUGACGAAGAAGAAGAAGAGGACAUGUACAGUGAUAACAAUUAUAAGAGAGGCAAGAGACGUGUUCCGGAAUGUGUUAUCUACGUUAAACGAACCGCAGACCGCUCGUACGCCAAUGACGUCUUUAACAAGUUUAGACAAGGGACGGGCUUAGAGACAGACAUGAUUUUCUUGAAACCCCGAAUGGAGUUGCGUAAGAUGAUUAACGAUGCCGCCUACGACGGUGUUUGGGGUGUGGUCCUGGUAAACAAAACCAGGAAUGUUGACAUUCAAACGUUUUACAAAGGCACCCAAGGCGAAACCAAAUUUGACGAGUACGUUAGCGUAUCUGGUGAAGACGCGGUUGCCAUAUUCAACAAUUUGAAGAAUAGUAGACGCAACAGAAGCGGCUCAGCUCCUCAUCAGGCACCUCCACAGCAGCAGUACUACGGAUCCUACAAUAUGGGCCCCCCUCCACCACAGCAAGCACCUCCUCAUAUUCCUCAGCACUAUGUCGCUCCUCCACCGCAAACUUACGGUGCGCCCCCAAUUGCCCAAGGUUACAAUGCAUAUCCCGCUCAGCCUGCAAUGCCAGCGCACGUUGUUCCUCCCAUGAUGUCCAAUCCUCCGCCUGCGCAGAUGGACCAACAACAACUUCUCUCGGCAAUUCAGAACUUGCCACCAAAUGUUGUUUCCAGUCUACUUUCAAUGGCUCAACAACAGCCACAACAACAGCAACAGCUUCUGGGAAUUAUACAGUCCAUGCAACCACAGCAGCAGAUGCCCGCUCCCGGUGUACCUCCACCACCCAAUGCAUACCCAGGCUACCCGCCUCCAUCUGCUAUGAAUGGUGCGACCAUGCAACCGCCACAGUCACAACCACAAGCUCAAUUUUCCUCACACCACGACCAGCGUUCUCCACAGCAGCAAAGCCCACCAGUUCAACAAAACCAGUCUUCAGGUAAUAACAAUGUCCAAAGUCUUCUGGACAGUUUGGCCCAGCUACAACAGAAAUAG